GGUUAAAAUGGGUUUGCUGGUAGACUUGACCAACACUUCUAGAUUCUAUGACAAAAAUGAUAUAGAGAAAGAGGGAAUUAAAUAUAUAAAGCUCCAGUGUAAAGGGCAUGGUGAGUGCCCUACACCUGAGAAUACAGAAACAUUUAUCCGUGUAUGCGAACGCUUCAGUGAUAAGAAUCCUUCAGAGCUUAUAGGUGUCCAUUGUACACAUGGUUUCAAUAGAACUGGAUUUUUGAUCUGUGCCUUUUUGGUCGAGAAGUUGGACUGGAGUAUUGAGGAUGCUGUGGCUACUUUUGCUCAGGCCAGACCUCCAGGUAUUUAUAAGGGUGACUAUUUGAAGGAAUUAUUUCGUCGUUAUGGCGAUGAAGAUGAUGCACCAGCACCACCAGAGCUUCCAGAAUGGUGCUUUGAUGAAGAUGAAGAGGAGGAUGAUGAUAAUGGUAAAACUGGAGGCCCAGAAUCAGAACCCGGAUCAUCAAGCUCUUACUUUGGCAAGAGGAGAAAAGAACGCCUAAAACUGGGUGCAAUUUUCUUGGAAGGAAUAACAGUUAAAUGUGUGACCCAGGUGACAACACAACCAAAAUUAGGAGGAAUACAGCAAAAAUGUCAGCAAUUCUGUGGAUGGGAAGGGACUGGAUUCCCUGGAGCACAGCCUGUUUCAAUGGACAAGCAAAAUAUUAAAUUUUUGGAGCAGAAGCCAUACAAAGUUAGCUGGAAAGCAGACGGCACCCGGUACAUGAUGCUGAUUGAUGGCAAGAAUGAAGUUUAUAUGAUUGAUAGAGACAAUUCCAUUUUUCAUGUAUCCAACCUGGAGUUUCCGUUUCGUAAAGAUCUUCGCACACAUCUAACAAACACUCUUCUAGAUGGGGAGAUGAUCAUCGACAAGGUUAAUGGACAGGUUGUCCCUCGGUACUUGAUAUAUGACAUUAUUAAGUUUAAUGGACAGCCUGUUGGAGAUUGCGAUUUUAAUGUUCGACUUGCAUGUAUAGAGAAGGAGAUUAUAUUUCCACGACAUGAAAAGAUGAAAAGUGGUCUCAUUGACAAAGCACAGGAACCGUUUGGUGUUCGAAACAAACCAUUUUUCGACAUCUACACUUCUAGAAAGCUCUUGGAAGGAAACUUUGCCAGAGAAGUUAGCCAUGAAGUGGAUGGACUGAUAUUUCAGCCUACGGGAAAAUACAAGCCUGGUCGAUGUGAUGAUAUUUUGAAAUGGAAGCCACCCAGCCUGAACUCAGUUGAUUUUCGUCUAAAGAUAACAAGAACUGGUGGAGAGGGGCUACUCACCCAGAAUGUUGGAUUUCUUUAUGUUGGAAACCUUGACAGACCUUUUUCACAAAUUAAGGUGACAAAAGAACUCAAACAGUACGACAACAAAAUUAUAGAGUGCAAGUUUGAAAACAACAGCUGGGUCUUCAUGAGACAGAGGAUAGACAAAAGCUUUCCAAAUGCCUACAGCACUGCCAUGGCUGUCUGCAACAGCAUCAAGAAUCCAGUGACGAAGGAGAUGCUGUUUGAGUUCAUUGACAGAUGUGCAGCAGCUUCCCAAGGACAGAUGCGGAAGCACCACCUUGAUCCCGACACUGAACUCAUGCCACCCCCACCGCCCAAAAGGCCUCGUACCAUAACAUAGGGCCUUGGUCUCAGAGGACUGUGUGUGUACAGUUCUGCAGAAGGUGACACACAAGUGUGAAGGCUGGGAAGACAGAGAUCUGAAUUGCUGUAAAUACUUGUGUGUGUUUUUUGAGUUUGGUUUUCGUUUCGUUUUUCUGAAUUCCACAUUCAAAUGGACAUUGUUUUGUAGCUGAUAAAUUCAACCUUACCUUGUGGUAUUUGGAGAUGAAAUUUCCAAAGGUUCAGACAAGAACCAAGUACAAUGAAGUCAGUGGAAAGCUGCCUUGUUUAUAUAUGGAUCUCUUUUCACCUUUAAUUUAUAAUGUCAGCAAUCUGGAACUGAGGAAAUAUUGGGAUGCCAUACUUUUUAGGAGCUGUGUUUAAAAAAA